GACGGCUCCAAUCCAUCACGCUCUGCAGCUGCCAUCGACUUCGCACAUAAGACGGCUUGGAAUUCCAAGAAUCGCAGCUUCUUUAUCCCAAAAACCCAGUCGGCACACGGCAAUUGCAUUGUUUGAGCAGAUGGCACCACGCACCACAACCCAAAAGGCCAACACCAAGGCCAAGAUGGCAGCCGCGCCUCCUGCAGCUACCAAGCGUUCUCGCGAGGAGGCCGAGGAGCCUAAUAAAGCUGUUAAACGCGUCCAGAAUGCGUCGAAGCCAGCUGCCGCGUCCAAGAAUUCGGCGACCAAAAGUACCGUGGCUAAGUCCAGCUCUACGAGUAAGCCAGCGGCUUCCAAGAAGGCGCCGGUCAAGCAAUCGGACGCUGCCAAACCCGCUGCAAAAAAACAAAAUCCUAAACCUUCGGCAAGCAAGAAGCGUGCUCGAGAUGAGACUGAAGAAUCGAAGCCUUCCAAACGCGCAAAGGCGGAACCAAAGAAGGCCACCGUCAAGGAACCGGCCGCACAGAAGCAAGCCGCCAAAAAGCCAGCAAAACCUAAAGUCAUCGUCAACACUCCCCCUACUACGACCAAACACAUUUAUGUAAUGGGGGAAGGCAGUGCUGGCGAGCUGGGAUUGGGAGCCACCAAGGGUGCGUGCAAUGUCAAAAGACCGCGACUCAAUCCAAUACUCGAAGAGAAAGGGAUUGUCGACUUGGCCGUGGGCGGAAUGCAUUGCAUAGCGCUGACGAAGGACAACGAACUCGUCUCGUGGGGCGUGAAUGACAAUAAAGCUUUGGGGAGACCGUUGCCAGAGUGGUCGGGACGUGACGUCGACGAAGACGCGUCGGACUUUGAUGAUGACGAAGGUUUAGAACUGAACCCAUACGAAUCAGCGCCCACUGCAAUUCCAAAAGAGUAUUUCCCACCUGGCACGAAGUUCACAAUGCUUGCAGCAGGCGAUAGCACUAGUUACGCUGUCACUGACGAGGGCAACGUUUAUGGAUGGGGCACUUACAGAAACGCGGAAGGCAUCUGGGGCUUUAGGGUUGACGAGGAGGGCAAGAUGGUCAAAGAACAAAAAGUGCCCGUUCAAAUAACCAACCUCAAGAAUAUUACCGCUGUGUCCUGCGGUGACAAUCAUACACUCGCGCUUGAUAACAAGGGUGUGGUGUGGGCUUGGGGCUCAGGACAGCAAGAUCAACUUGGACGUCGCAUUGUGGCCCGUCAUGCCGAAAAGAAUCUCAUACCAGCACCAGUUCCCAUCCCAAAGAGCGCUAAGAUCGAGAAGAUCAUCGCCGGGCCAAAUCACUCUUUUGCAAUCGAAAAGACCGGCACUGUGUGGACUUGGGGUUUGAACAACUUUGCUCAGACCGGCAUUCCGUACGGCAAGGACAAGGACAAUGACAUGAUUACAGCCCCAACAAAAGUAAAGGCCUUGGAGGGCCACAAGAUCGUCAACAUUGGUACUGGAGCAAAUCACAGCAUCGCUCUUACUGAAGAUGGUGAUCUCUUAACCUUUGGUCGACUCGAAAACUAUGCACUGGGCAUAAAGUUCGAUGACAUUGUCGACAACGAGGACCUUGUCCGCAAAAAUGAGCAAAACAAGCCAAAGAUCUUACUUAAGCCUAUGAAAAUUGAUAUUCCCGCUAAGUUCAGUUUCAUUGCUUGCGGUCCAGAUCACAACAUUGCCAUCACAACAGAUGGCAAGGCCUGGGGCUGGGGCUUCAACACGAACCUUCAACUUGGCGUUGGACGAGAUGAUGACGACGUCAAGAUGCCAGAGCAAAUUACGUCCAAGCAUAUUGCAGAUGUUAAGUUGGAUUGGGCCGGAUGCGGUGGCCAGUUCUCCAUGGUCGGGGCAUCCGCAAAUACUUCUGCUUAGGCAGAAUCUUGUAGAAUACUCUCACAUAUAUAUUGCAUGGGGAAGGCGUUUGAAAGGCAUGGUCAUGGCCGGUUUUUCCUUGUUGGCCCGCAAUUAGAUGAAUCACUUGUAAUGGUGGCAGGUUGUACUCUAUUCUUGGGAGUGGGUUAUGAGUGAAGGUAUGGGCUCGUUACCGCGCACGCUUUAACUCGGCACAUUCGCAGGAGUGGUGCUGGUUGGACAGUGCUGGUGCCCAAGCUUUCCGAGAUCAAUUGAGCCCUGCCAUUUGUCUCUUUCUACGGCUUUGCUUCCGUUGCAUACCACGAACGAGCUUGACCCUCGUGCUCUCGGGACAGUUCUGGUCUUUUAAUUUCUGUACCAUUAGACUAAUUGGAUUUCCGUCUAAAAUGGCUUCUAAAGCGCUUUUCAAGGGGGAUUCGAUGAUACAACAACUUUGACCUAGUUGCAGGAAUAAAUUGCACAUGCAGCAAACAUGCCAUCUCGGCAAGCCCCAGGCGUGUGAUUAAGGAUUCUGUCAUAACUCUAGGUCACAAGAAAUAGUAAUGAAAC